CUAAAUUUUAAACAGUGCAAUAUGACGUUCACAAAACAACAUCAUUUAUCUAUUCCUUUCACUUUAUCUAAGGUAUUACAAGGACACGUAGACCGAUAGUCGUAAUAAUAUUAUUAGUAAAAUAACAAGCGGUAGAGAAAAAUCGUCUAAAUUUAAAAUAAUAAUUAGUAAUAAUAAUUAUUUAAUUAAUAAUAUACAUUGAACUUUGUAACGUAUGAUUUAAUAAUAAACUUAAGUCUCGUGGCACGUAAAAUAUAAUGAUAGCGGAUCAUCAACGUCACUGUCGUGAAGAUACUUUCAGUGUCUUAUCAUCACUCUCAGCCACUUAGUCCAAAGUAUGAAUCAACUUGUCAUUUAGUGUUUAACCUCCUAUCGAUACAUUUUAUUUGUAAAAAUUUUCCAUCGAUAUAAUUAUUGAUCGUGUGUGUAAACAUUAAUGAGUAGUGAAAAAAUAAUUUUAGUUGAAAUAAUAAAAUUAAAAUUAUUAUUUAUAUUAAAGUGAGUGAUAAAAUGAAUAAUCGUAAAUCAAGACGAGACUCCGAUGUAAUUAUUUCAAAUUAUAAUCACAAAGAGUUACUGUUUAAAUUUCUUAUCAUUGGUGAUUAUGGAGUAGGUAAAACUGCGAUCGUGAGAAGAUAUACAGAAGGGAAAUUCUCGUCAAAUUAUAAAAUAACAAUAGGUGCUGACUUUGCAAUUAAAUCACUUGAUUGGGAUCCUCAUACUAAAAUAAAUUUGCAAUUAUGGGAUAUCGCUGGUCACGAAAGAUUUGGAUAUAUGACACGAGUUUACUAUAAAUAUGCGGUCGCAGCUGCUCUAGUUUUCGACAUAUCGCGAGUAGCGACAUUUCAGUCUGUUAAAAAAUGGUUAAAUGAUCUACGAGAGAAGGUCAUUUUACCGGAUGGUUCUAGUAUUCCGAUUGUUUUGUUAGCUAAUAAAUGUGAUAUACAACAUGUAGCUAUUCCUACUGAACAAAUUAUUAAAUUUUGUAAAGAAAAUAAAAUUUCAAAAUGGUACAUUACAUCUGCUAAGGAAAACAAAAAUAUUGAUGAAGCAAUACAUUAUUUAGUAGAAAAUGUGUUGAAAGCUAAGAUAGAAGAUGAAAUAAAAGAUUCAAUAAAACUCCGUGGUGCUCCACUCAUCAGUGAAAAAAGUGGAUGCUGUAAAUCCUGAAUUAUGUGAAUAAAUAAAAACAACACACAUCCAUAAAUCAUAAGACUUUAAAAUAAAAAUAAGACUUGAAAUAAAAAAAAAAAGAAUCAUAAAUAGUUUUUUUUUUUUUUUUAUAAAUAAUUUAUAAUGAAAUUAAUUUGUAAAAUAAAAAAUAAUUUAUAUAUACUUUUUCAUUCCAUAACGUUGAUAAGUAUAUUAUACUUUAAUACAUAAUUAUCAUUCAGAUAAAA